GGGAGAACAACGCUUACCAGACAGAACCUGGAUUCUUUAUUCAGAAGGUGCCUGCAAAUUGAUUGCUUAAUUGUUUGCUCUGUAAUCUUUCCAGCAUAUGGCUAAACGAAAGAUUGCAGUUGUUGGUGCUGGGUUGAUUGGCCUCUCAACAGCAGUGUACAUUUCAGAAUCUAUCUCCAAGUGCUCUGUGACUGUAAUUUCGGACAAAUUUACUCCCAACACAACGAGCGAUGUAGCAGCUGGAAUGCUUAUUCCACACACUUAUCAAGGCAUACCAAUUCAUCAGCAGAAGCAGUGGUUUAGGGAGACCUUCGACUAUCUUUUUGAAAUCAAUAAUUCAUCGGAGGCUUCAGAUGCUGGCAUUAAUCUGGUGUCUGGCUGGCAGAUCUUUAAAACCAUUCCUGAUAAAGUGUUACCAUUCUGGUCUGAUGUUGUCCUGGGAUUUCGCUCAAUGACUGAAGAGGAGCUGAAGAAAUUUCCACAGCACAGAUUUGGUCAGGCUUUUACUACACUGAAAUGUGACUGCCCGUCCUAUCUGCUAUGGUUGGAGAAAAGGUUGAAAGGAAAUGGCAGCCAGGUGUAUGCUAGACGAAUCGAAGAUCUGUGGGAACUACAUAGCAAAUAUGACAUCGUUGUCAACUGUUCAGGCAUUGGAUCCAGAGAACUCAUGGGUGACUUGGAGAUAUACCCUGUCAGAGGUCAAGUACUCAAGGUCGAUGCUCCUUGGGUGAAUCACUUCAUCCGGGAUGGGGAUGGUUUAACCUACAUCUAUCCAGGAAUACACAAUGUAACAUUAGGUGGGACAAGGCAAAAGGACAACUGGAGCUUGUCCCCAGAUCCUAGAAGUAGCAAAGACAUAUUUGACAGAUGUUGUGCUCUUGAACCCUCACUUCAAAGAGCCCAGGACAUAAAGGUGAGGGUGGGUCUGAGGCCAUCCAGGUUAGCUGUGAGACUGCAGAAAGAGAUACUGGUCCAUGAUGGGAAAAAACUGCCCGUGGUCCACAACUACGGACAUGGUUCGGGUGGCUUUUCAGUGCACAGGGGCACUGCUAAAGAGGCUGCUCGACUGGUGGGAGAAUGCAUUGCUGCUCUGGAAGGCUCCUCUUUGAAGGCAAAGUUAUAAUCAUUGGGGCCUCCUUUUCAGUUAUUGGUAGGCUAUUAUAAAUCUACUAGUAAUACCUUUGGAAUGUUAUUCUAUAAGCAAUGGAAGAAACUGCGUGCAACAUUCUGAACUGUAGCUAAGUGCUUGUUUUGUGAAAAGUGUUUGCCCACAGGUGAUAGGGUGUUUUUGUCCUUUAUCAUUUUUCUGUGUGAGUUCAUUUGAGAGCAUAAUGUUUGUCUAGUUUCACCCACAUAGCUGUUGUUUAGGCAUUUGAUGCACUGGGUGAGGUGCAAUACAGGUAAGACCCAAGGAUCUUGAAAGGUGUGCUGUGGGAGGUAUAGAUCAAUAGAGACAGUAGUUUUAUGUCUGUUUACAACAAUGUGUAAUUUGUCCUAUGACUGUGGAAGUGUUAAUGGGCCAUUUCAUUUUGAAUGGUCCCUUACAACAUGCAUUAACUCCUGUGCUUAACAAUCUGUUCUACCCUGCAUUUAGAUGUGAAACUCUGAUUACCUUUUACAGACCUGAAUAAAGCCUCUCUGUGUAGCUUGAAAACUUGUCUCUGUCUCUUCCACCAACAGAAGUUGGUCCAAUAAAAGAUAUCUUCUCACCCA